UCUUCUUCGCUCAGUCUCUACUACUCUGCAGCCGGUGUCAAACACAAAACAUUUAGUUAGCCAAGUCACAAACAUUUACUUUAUUUAUAUACUUCUUCGCAAUUUGUUUGAAAAUGGGAGACCCGGUAACCGAGUACACAUCCCGGCUUCAACGGCAGGAGUCGGACAUCAAGACGCUUUCUGCGGAGAUCGAGGGACUGAAGAACCCUCCGGUCUUGUCCCCUAACUUGGACGAGCUGAGAGAGGAAAACGCCAAGCUAAAAUACCGACUCAACAUCCUCAAGAGAAGCCUACAGGAGGAGAGGAGCCAGUGCAGUAAGACCAUGAUGAACAUCAACCAGCGUCUGCAGGAGGUGUUCGGGGAGGCCAUCCGAGCCGCCUGCCCCGAUCUAGAGGACCCUCCCCUGGCCGUCACCCCCAACCAGCAGGCCAAGUUCGGGGACUACCAGUGCAACAGUGCCAUGGCUAUGGCCCAGAUGAUGAAGUCCAAAGGGCUGAAGGUGAACCCCAGGGAGAUCGCAGAGAAGAUCGUCCAGAACAUCCCAGACAACGAGCUCAUUGAGAAGACGGAGAUCGCCGGACCAGGGUUCAUCAACAUCCACCUGAAGAGGACGUUUGUGUCCAAGCUGCUGACCAACCUGCUGGUCAACGGGGUCCAGCCCCCACCCCUGGCCUCCAGGAAGAAGGUGGUGGUGGAUUUCUCCUCCCCCAACAUUGCCAAGGAGAUGCACGUGGGUCACCUCCGCUCCACCAUCAUCGGGGACAGCAUGUGUCGCCUGUUUGAGUUCCUGGGCUACGACGUGCUGAGGUUGAACCACGUGGGGGACUGGGGGACACAGUUUGGGAUGCUCAUCGCCCACCUGCAGGACAAGUUCCCAAACUACCUGACUGUGUCCCCCCCCAUAGGGGACCUGCAGGCCUUCUACAAGGAGUCAAAGAAGCGUUUCGAUGAGGAGGAGGUCUUUAAGAAGCGAGCGUACCAGUGCGUGGUUAAACUGCAGAGCAAAGAGCCUGAAUUCAUCAAGGCCUGGAACCUCAUCUGUGAUGUCUCCAGGAAUGAGUUCCAGAAGGUGUACAGUUGUCUGGACGUGCACAUCCUGGAGAGAGGAGAGUCGUUCUACCAGGACAUGAUGACUGCGGUGGUGCAGGAGUUCGACCAGAGAGGCCUGGCUCAGAUGGACGAGGGCCGUAAGAUCGUGUUCUCUCCGGGCCACAGCGUGCCCCUCACCGUGGUCAAGUCUGACGGCGGCUUCACCUACGACACGUCCGACCUGGCCGCUCUGCGCCAGCGGCUGUUUCUGGAGAAGGCCGACAUCAUCAUCUACGUCACCGACAGCGGGCAGUCCUCUCACUUCCAGCUGGUGUUUGGUGCAGCUCAGAUGAUUGGCUGGUAUGACCCCAAAGUGACCAGAGUGGAGCAUGCAGGCUUCGGAGUGGUGCUGGGGGAGGACAAGAAGAAGUUCAAGACUCGCUCAGGAGACACGGUGCGGCUCAUGGACCUGCUGGAGGAGGGUCUGAAGAGGUCCAUGGACAAGCUGAAGGAGAAGGAGAGAGACACGGUCCUGACCCCCGAGGAGCUGACCAAGGCCCAGCGGUCGGUGGCGUUUGGCUGCAUCAAGUACGCCGACCUGUCCCACAACCGCAUCAACGACUACGUAUUCUCCUUCGACAAGAUGCUGGACGACCGCGGCAACACCGCCGCCUACCUGCUCUACGCCUUCACCCGCAUCCGGUCGAUCGCGCGGCUAGCCAACGUGGACGAGGCGUCCCUGCGGAGGGCGUCAGGGGCCACCGAGGUGCCGCUGGCCCACGACAAGGAGUGGAAGCUGGGCAGGUGCCUUGUGCGCUUCCCCGAGAUCCUCCAGAAGAUCCUGGAGGAUCUGCUGCUGCACGCGCUCUGCGACUACCUGUACGAGCUGGCCACCACCUUCACCGAGUUCUACGACAGCUGCUACUGCGUGGAGAAGGACAGGCAGACAGGUGAAGUGAUAAAGGUGAACAUGGGCCGGAUGCUUCUAUGUGAUGCCACGGCGUCCAUCAUGGCUCAAGGCUUCAACAUCCUGGGCAUCAACCCAGUCCAGAGGAUGUGACCUCAUCAGCAACCUAGUCCAGAGGAUGUGACCUCACCCGAGUUGCCAUGGCUGCCUUCCAUCCCAACAUGUUUUUAUUUUUAUUUUUUACUGUAAAUCAAAUAAAAGGACUUCCUGUAAAA